CUGUCCUUCCUAACCUCCUUCUAUCCUUCCUAACCGCCUUCUAUCCUUCCUAACCUCCUUCUGUCCUUCCUUACGUCCUUCUAUCCUUCCAACCUCCUUCUAUCCUUCCUAACCUCCUGCUGUUUGUUCUGCUGCUUUAAUCCCUCCUAGAUAUCCUUCCUUCUGUCCUUCCUAACCUCCUUCUGUCCUUCCUAACCUCCUUCUAUCCUUCCUAACCUCCUUCCAUCUUUCCCGGAGAACGGAGAACAUGUUCUGCGCCGGCUACAUCGAAGGCCGGGAGGACUCGUGCAAAGGCGACAGCGGCGGGCCGUUGGUGACGCUGUACAAGGAGACGUCGUUCCUGUUGGGGAUCGUCAGCUGGGGGAAAGGUUGCGCCCGGCCGGGGAACUACGGCAUCUACACCCGAGUGUCCAACUACCUGGAGUGGAUCCACAACCGGACGGCGACGGCAGGACCGCCGGCGAACAGCACCGACGCCUUACUGCACAACCUGACCACCUGAGGGAAGGAAGGAAGGAAGGAAGGAAAGGAGGGAGGAAGGAAGGAAGGAGUGGAUCCACAACCUGACCACCUGAGGGAAGGAAGGAAGGAAGGAAGGAAGGAGGGA